AUAGUUACGCACCAACCAGUGAAUAUUAAAUUUCAUUAAAAUUGUAAUUAAUCUAACAAUAUGGUAAUAUAGCGUACUUGAACUCGAGAUUGCUAAUUCUAUUCAUAGCAAAUCGCACAGCUAAACAGUUACUGAUUCCACUUCUUUGGAUGCAAUUGGUAGUAAAAUGUCACAAACCAACGUCGACCGAAAGUUGAAGCAUUUGUUUGAUGGUACUGAUUGGAAUGUUUACGACAACGACAUCCUAAAUUUGGGCGUAGGAGCUCCAGGUCCAGAUUUGCUCGAAAACUGUUGCGAUAUAUUUGAAGAGGCAACAAAGCACCGUCUAAAAUACGAAAAGCAAAUAAAUGUAUCUUAUCUUUUUCAAUACGGACCUACUAGUGGACCGGUAGAGGUACGAAAUGCCAUCGCUGAAUACUCUAGCGCUCAGUAUGGUGAUACUCCUAUGAAAAGUGAAGAUCUUAUCAUUACAACCGGCGCAUCACAGGGAUUGCACUUUGUCUUAUCUACUCUGGUUGAUUUAAAUGGAAUAAUUUUCGUUGACGAAGUUACUUAUAUGAUUGCACUUGAUGUUAUUAAGCAAUUCACAACGCUAACUGUCAUACCACUAAGUCUUAAUAAAGAUGGCGUGAACGUGAAGAAAUUUGAGGAUAUUUUACAGACAAAACGUUUUCCGUCCACUUCCAAAUCGUUUUGGGCGAUGUACUAUGCAAUUCCCGCCUAUCAUAAUCCAACUGGAAUUGUAUUUUCUGAAGCUGUUUGUCAAAGUCUGGUUGACCUAGCUCAAAAGUAUGAUUUCUUAAUACUCUGUGAUGACGUUUACAAUAUUCUCAACUACACAAGUCCCCGACCACCAAAACGCUUAUUUGCGUACGAUAAGGGAUCUGGAAAUAUAAUUUCGAAUGGAACUUUCUCAAAAAUAAUUGGACCAGGUGUUCGUGUAGGAUGGUUGGAGGUAUCUGCGCGCUUAAAACCUAUUUUGGAAAGAUCUGGAGUAUUGAAUAGCAGUGGAUGUUUUAAUAAUUAUACUUCUGGCAUAUUAGCCAGUCUUUUCGAGCUGAAAUUGGCACAAGAACAUAUUCACAGAGUAUCACUUGCAUACAAGGAGCGCAUGUUAGCCACUUGCGAGGUGCUCGAACACAAUUUGCCGACUAGUUGUGAUUGGACAAGACCAUCAGGUGGAUAUUUCAUUUGGAUUUCCUUACCGCCACAUACAAACGCCGGCGAAUUCUUGGAAUACUGCAUGAAAAGUGAAAAAAUAUUUUUUCUACCAGGAUAUCGUUUUGCACACGAAAGUACAGUGGCAAACAAUUGCCUGCGUUUAAGUAUUUCUUUUCACAGCAAAGAGAAGUUGGUCGAUGGCGCCACACGAUUUUGCACAGCAUUAAAACGCUUUCUGGGAGCUGUCUAAGAAAAGCAUUUAUGAAUUCGCAGAAUAUUAUUUAAGGGUGCUUAAUAACAUAAUUUAUUUUAAUGUAAUGAACGCAAGUAAUACAUUAUAAAUAAGUUUUAUGUAAA